CCUUAAAACCAAGUCAGUAAAUGUGGGUUUGGCCCUGGACACCAACCGAUACUUAAUCUUCCCUUAUUUACCCAAGUGAACUCAUUGAGUGGCCACCUCAUCCGGAGAUCCACAUAGACUUGCACUACUGAUCUGCUCUGUAGUGAGCUUGGUGGCAUCCCAGCCUUCAGAGGGCAUCCAAUUGGCAUUGGGCAAGAUCACAAACAGGAGCGCUGGCAUUCCCGCUUGUUUAGAUACCUCGGAUACUCUGAUCUGCAGCCUACAGGACGCCUGGGGGGACAGAUUGCACAAGUGACUCUCGGUGCUACAGUUAUUUCCCUCUGUAUUCAGAGAAAGGAGAACCGCUGAAUCCUCACGUCUGAGCUGCCUGAUCUGCAGCGUGCUGUGAUCUUAACCCAAGAGCUGACAAUCUUAUCCCAAGGCAGCACUGCCAUAUCCUCACCGGAACACUACAAGAUAUUCUGCCUAGGGGCCCCCCUCCUCUCUCCAUCCAGCCAUGGCUAUGGUCACAGGCCUCAUCCCCAUUCUCCGCACGGCGGUAGAAGCCACCACAGACUAUGCCGGCAGAACCAUGUGGUAUGGCUUUGCGGUGGUCCGACUGCUUGCCCUCUACGUGUCUGAGCGGCCUUGGGGUCGCCUGGAUCAGGACUUUGAUUGUCUCAUUAAUGGGACCUUUGAGUUCUGCCGAAAGGCUUGCUUCAAUGAACAUUUCAACGUGCCGGUGGUGUCCCUGUGGAACACUUGCUACGUCUUCUUUGUGGCCUCUGUGCUCCUGAUGGAGCUCUUCACCUCUCAACUGCGCCACAACCUGCACAAGGCCGCUAUGAAGAAGAAGAAGCCGUUGUCCGAAGAGAAGACCCUCACCGGCACUUGGGCUUCAGAACAUGCCCACAAGGAUCUGGUUCUGGAUUUCCACCAACAGAAGAUCCUGCUGGUUCUCUAUUUAGGCUGCAUCAUGCUGAGGCUGGUUGGGGAGCUGGCCUUUCUCUAUGCCCUGUUCUGGUGGCACUUGCCCAUGGUUUCUGGAGAAAAGAUAGUCUGUUCCACCGAGUUCUGCCCUGGGCCCUAUAACUGCCUGGUGAGAUACCCUGCAGAGAAGCGCAUGUCUCUUUACCUCUUGGCCUUCCUCUCCAUUUGUGUGGCCCUGGUGAGCAUAGUGUUUGGGAUGUACAGUGGGUGCCACUAUCUCCCCAAGACUAAUGAGAAGCAGGAAGUGGCCGUCUGACUUUGCAGGACAUUAGCAGUGUUGGACUGGGGUGCCUGGGGCCCAGUGGUGGGGGAGGAGCACCCAAAAUUCCUGGAGUGAGAAGUGCUCCUUGGUCGGAGGGGCCCAGUGGUGGGGGAGGAGCCCCAAAAUUCCUGGAGUCAGAAGUGCUCCUUGGUUGGAGAGGCUCAGUGGUGGGGGAGGAGCACCCAAAGUUCCUGGAGUGAGAAGUGCUCCUUGGUCGGAGGGGCCCAGUGGUGGGGGAGGAGCAACCAAAGUUCCUGGAGUGAGAAGUAGUCAUUGGUCAGAGGGGCCCAGUGGUGGGGGAGGAGCACCCAAAAUUCCUGGAGUCAGAAGUGCUCCUUGGUCGGAGAGGCCCAGUGGUGGGGAGGAGCACCCAAAGUUCCUGGAGUGAGAAGUAGUCAUCGGUCAGAGGGGCCCAGUGGUGGGGGAGGAGCACCCAAAGUUCCUGGAGUGAGAAGUGCUCCUUGGUCGGAGGGGCCCAGUGGUGGGGGAGGAGCACCCAAAGUUCCUGGAGUCCUUGGUCGUUGGGGCCUACACUAGCUGAGCCCACCAGGUGUUUUCCCAGUGUCCCGCCGGCCCAGUCUAAACAUGGACAUUAUCCCCAGGUAACUGGGGGCAGGUAUAACCCCCACUGUUUAUUUAUUUUAUGGUCAACUAUUGUUAUUUUUAUAAAAUAAAGUAACUGAAAGAACUUAAAUAACAUUUACUUAUAUGAAAUAAAUGUGCAACCCAUGA